UGUGUUGACCCAGAGUGACAUCUAAAACCUGCAGGACACCGGCCCUCGAGGCCUGAAGUUCCCAACACCUGAUCUAGAAGAAAAGGAGGACAAUGAAUCUACUGAUUAUUCAAAGAUACAAGCCGAAAUCUCGAAUAGUAAUCAAUAGUAUCAAAGACAGGCUUUACCAUAACUACAGUCCAGCUCUUCAGCCAAAUACCCACGCACCACCAUGGCUAUCAUCGGUGCUGGCUUUGAUGACCAUUCCUUUAGCAGUGAUGAGAGUUACAACCACCUCUUCAUAGACACAGAGAACACUGUAGUCAAAGGCUUGUACUUCCAGCGGGGUCAGCUGCUCCCUGGAUGUGAUGCCUCUUGGUUUGUGGAUCCUUCCUUGCGGGCCCUCAUCAAUGUGGGGGGUAUCCGGUAUGCUUUUCCCUGGAGUACUUUGGAAGAUUUCCCCCAGAGUCGCCUGAGUCACCUGCGCUCCUGCAUCACCCUGAGAGAGAUAGCAGAGUUUUGUGAUGACUACGACUCCUUGCGGCAUGAAUUCUUCUUCGAUCGAGACCCUUUAGCCUUUCAGGUGAUCUUCAACUUCCUGGGCCGUGGGAAGCUCCGCGUGCUGCAGGAUGUCUGCAAUAUAGCUCUGCAUACUGAGCUGCUGUACUGGGGAAUCGAUGUAGGACAGAUGGCGCCCUGCUGCUACCACCGCAUGAUGUGCUCUGUGGAUGAGGUGGUGCAGCACCAGCGCAAGGAGGAAGAGUGGAGGGAGAGGAGAAGAACGAUGAGAGCGAAUGCAGAGCAGGGAAGCCUCUUCCACAAGCUGGGUGAAGCAGUGGAGAACCCUCACUCUGGUUUUGCGGGCAAAGUGUUUGCUUUCAUGUCUGUUAUGAUGGUUGUGGUCACUGUAGUCAGCCUGUGCAUCAGCACCAUGCCAGACCAGCAGCAGCAAGAAUCUAUGGGUGAAUGCUCUCAAAAGUGCCAAAACAUGUUCUUGGUAGAGUCGGUUUGCGUGGCUUGGUUCACCUUGGAGUUUCUGGUGCGAUUUUUCCAUGCACAGAGCAAGCUGGAGUUCAUUCAGGGACCACUCAACAUCACUGAUGUAGCUGCCAUCUUGCCCUACUAUAUUUCCCUGUUUCUGGAGUUUAAGGACGAAACAGCGCAUAAUAUUGUUGCUGGUGCAGGGAAGAGCACUCUAGAUAAACUGGGUCUAAUCCUGCGCGUGAUGAGGGCCCUACGUAUUAUGUAUGUGAUGAAGCUGGCCCGUCACUCUAUGGGUCUGCAGACUCUGGGGCUGACCAUGCAGAGGAGUGUGACUGACUUUGGCCUGCUGCUGCUCUUCAUCUGCGUCGCCGUGGCCCUCUUUUCUCCACUGGUCCACCUUGCUGAAAGUGAGCUGGCUCCAAAUGCUGCUAGAACCCCCCAGCUAAAGUUCAGCAGCAUCCCAGCAUCAUACUGGUGGUCCAUCAUCUCCGUGACCACCGUUGGGUAUGGAGACAUGGUGCCACACAGCAUCCCCGGCCAAGUGGGGGCGCUUAUCAUCAUCUUAGCAGGGAUCCUCAUCCUGUCUUUCCCUUCCACAUCUAUCUUCCACACCUUUAACCACACUUACAAUGAGCUUAAAGAGGAGCACAAGAGGCUGUGGAAGGAAGAGAGGAGUGCCGAGCUUGCCACUGAGGCUGAAGAAAGCAUGAAAGAAAGAGAAACAUGGCCUGAUAAUUGGCCUGAAACAGAUUUUCUGCCUGGUCUAGAUGAUCAUUAUUACCUCUUCAUGAAAGACCUUCAGUCUCCAUGCCUAAGGACGCAUUUUCCUACAUUUCAACAACUCCUCAGAUUACUGUCCCUCUGGCCAUUCCUGCAACAUCGAUGGCUGCUGAAACACUCACCUGCUCACUUGCUCUCAGAGCUUCCCCGUCUCACUCACCUGCCUGCAUCUCUACUCCAGCAAACACCUGCCGAAGGAAUUCCUUUCCUGGAUGCUUCUCUGUUUGGACACCUCAACCUCUGGACCCUCCCCUUCCCCCUCCAAACUCCACAUCUCUCCUGAACAAAUAAACAUCUCACCAGUGGCUCUAGUCCCUCUCCUGCCGCUGUGAUUAAGGCUUUGGAAGAAAAGAUUCAAUAAACC